UUUCCAAUCUUUAAGACGAAAAUAUAUACCAGUUAAGUAUGCAACCACUGAUGCCCAAUAUCUUGGUUUUAAACCUGUAGAGUUGCUACAGGACAGAUGUGUAGGCUACCUUUUUGGGCCUCAUUUGAUCCACGUUAGAGACAGUUUUGACAAGUUUUCACUGGCUAACUCUUGAUGAAAGGGGCAAGGAAAUGAAGAUUUUAUUGAAAAGGGUCACACUUUCCAUUUGUCCGUUUGCCUAUGGCACAACAGAAACUUCGUCUUCUGGUAGUCAGUUUUUAAAGGGGGAUGAAAAGGCUCAAGAGGAAGAAACAUAACGUAGGAGUUGUGGUGAAUGGGAAUCGAUCUGUCACAAGAGAACCAGAUUGUGGGAGGAAACAGAAGUUGGCUGAGAUCCAUCAGGCUUUGAACAGUGAUCCAGUGGACAUUGAGACCCUGAGGAAGGCAGCAGCCAGUAAGGGAGGACUGCUCACUGAUGAACUGAGGAGGAAAGUCUGGCCCAAACUGCUGAACAUCAAUGUGUAUGAUCUACCACAUAAACCUGGUCGAGAUGUGAGGGAAAACCACAAGGACUACAACCAGGUAGUCCUGGAUGUCAGGAGGUCUAUGAAGCGGUUUCCUAAAGGUAUGCCAGCCACAGAGAGAGCCAUACUUCAGGAGCAGCUCAUUGACAUCAUCCUGGUGGUUUUGAAAUGUAACCCUCAGCUCCACUACUACCAGGGCUAUCACGAUGUGGCCGUCACUCUGCUGCUGGUAGUCGGGGAGCGGAUGGCCAUUGCCAUGCUGCACACGCUGUCCAAAUAUCACCUCAGGGAUUUCAUGGAUCCUACAAUGGACAGCACUAAACACAUUUUAAACUACCUGAUGCCGAUAUUGGAACAGGUAGAUACAGAACUACACGACUUCAUGAUCAGAGCGGAGGUGGGAACCAUCUUUGCACUGUCCUGGCUCAUCACGUGGUACGGCCACGUCCUGCCAGAGUUCAAACACACCCUGAGACUCUAUGACUUCUUCCUGGCCUCCCAUCCACUGAUGCCCAUCUACCUCGCCGCUACGAUUGUGCUGCACAGAGAGAAGGAGGUGAAGCAGACAGAAUGUGACAUGGCCAUGGUCCACCACCUCCUCUCCCGCAUCCCCCCGGACCUCCCAUACGAACUUCUUAUUGGCCAGGCUCAGGAGCUGUUCGACCAGUAUCCUCCUUCUUUACUGGCCAAACGGGCAGCGCUGCAGUCUCGCAAGAGUCUGUCCAUAAGCACCUUUAAGGCAUUUCAGCUCUCCACCCUCCACCAGAGACCAGACUCGGUGCUCCAACGCCUCACCAAGGCCCAGGACUCCACCACCUCCAGAUAUGCCUCUCGACACUCUGGCCUGGAAGCAGCUUUGCCCCGGGACGGAGGCCAGCUGUGGGGGAAGGGGAACAGGAUGGUGAAGAUGGCAGUGUGGGGGCUGUCCGCCACGCUCGGGGCGGCCGUGUUCGCCGUGGCCCAGACGGCCAUGGACUGGGGACCCGAGGUGUUACUACAACUGUUCUGAUGUGGCGGUGGGGAUUUAGACUGUUAGACACGCACAUUGACACAUGGUGACAGCAGACACUAUCUGCUCUUCACAUGGAUAAACAAUAUAUAAAAACACACAUACACAAACACAGACUUUGAAGACUUGAAGCUCGUUUCUCCUGUUGAGAGGGGGCAACGGAGAAAAGCAGGAGGUCAGUUAUCUUGGUGCCAAACAGGUUGUUGCUACUCAACCACGAUGAACAUAUGUUGACUAGUAGAGCCUCAGGAUGUGUGUGCAUGUGUGUUGUAUGUUUCUGAGCGUGCAUGCCAGACCUCCUACCACAUGUAAGACACUAACACAUCUUGCUUUUUCAGGCUGUUGGUAACACAUUACCACCGUUUUUACCAUUUUUCAUGCGUGUCUCAGUAUGUUUCCUGUUUGCUGAUAAUUUUUCUGAUUACUUGUUUUUAGGCUGUCAUGCUUGUUACGCUGCAAUUCUGUCGAUAGUGUUUUUAGUGCGCCUGUUGGAUCAGCAGCCAUAUCUAAGAGCCAAAAGUGCCCCUAGCCAGCACGAUGACACAUGAAUACAAAUUAUUAAAGAGCGGUGUUUUCUGCUGAAAGCUUCCAGUUACGAGCGAAGACGGAGAGCAGGAGAGUAAAUGUGAGAAAGAGGGGAGGAUGGAAGGAGAGAUUUUGCCUGUGAGCCACUGAUAUUAAUUGUUUUACUCCAGGUGUCAGCGAGUUACAUUUACAGUAGAGGAGCUGUUGCUGCCCCAAAAGUGAACAUUGCACACAGUUAGCAUGCAGAAAAGCAGCACUCAUGCAAGCAACGAGCCUGUUGCAGAUGCAUUUUGCAAGAGGUAUUGAAACACAUCUUUUUUUAAUACGUUAUUUUUAUAUUUUCUGUAGCAGUUUUCUGGCUGUUGUGGCCCACCAGUGCUGAAUAAGUAUGGGGAAGACACCAGUACUUUUACAUUCUUAAAAUAUUUACCAGGUUUGCGCCAACAUCCACCCUGAACAGCCGUCAACAGAGCUACAGUGCAUGUACUCUGUUCUCCUCAACAUCAUAUUCCUCUUCAGCAUUUACAGCUGUGCUUAAAAAUAAUUCUACUGCUACAUUUAGGGGGGCAAUCGGAGAUUUUUAACAUAUUUCAUAGAGGAAAUUGUGAUUUUAUUUUUUUUUAUAAUUGGAAGAAGAAAACUACCUGCAUCUCCUUUGACAGCACCUGACAUAGAUAUUGUUGGGAUAUUUGUUUGACCAGAAACAUAAUCACAGAGUUUCAUAGGCUGAAUGGUAUAUUAAUAAUACAGGCUGUUACCAACUGAGGUACAUACAUAUGUAAAGAAUGUAGGGGUUUCUCCAGACAGCAAUGGUAUGCUCUGUGUGUCGACUUAUAUUCUGAAAUAUUUAUCACCUUUUACUAGCAUGUAGCCCAGCUGCAUCUGUUAACACAACAUCACUGUAGUCACAACACUCUCCUCCCUGCGCUUCCUCUAUCAUCAGAUUUAUGGAGAACAUCUUCACACAGCUGCAUGUACAGUCUGCACUGUUGAGUUUAGUUGCUUUGGAGCGUAUGAAUUCAACUGGUACAUAGUCUGUUGUGUGCAAAAUUACAGUUCACAAGAGUACGGUUCAUCAACAGUAAGCACCAGAAGAAAUUGAUUGGUACAUAUAGGACAAACAAGGGUAGUUUGGCUGUAAAUUUGUUGUACAAACACAGAGAGCUCCAGAAAGUCACAUUUCUAGCUUUCAGGGCAAUCUGGGCCUAUUAGGACGAGGAUUGUGGAAUAGUUAACAAACCAGUCAGUUAAUCUGUCACUUGAUUAGUUAGAUUCAGACAUUCUUCAGAAAAUGUGAUAAUCAGUCAGUUAAUUUAUUAGGCCAUCAGUAAAUCAAUCAGUGGCCUGUAACUCAGGUAGUCGACUGAUCUGUAGACCAGUUAGCAGCUCGAUACGUGAGCGAUUCAGACAUCCAGUCAGUUAGUAACCUGCACUGAUUGCUUGAAUCACCUCUCAGAUUUCAGUUUUACAAGUAGUACAUCACAUGAAACAAUACAUGUGUCUGUCUUUGUUUUUAAAAUGCAUUAAUUGUGUGUGCUUGUGUGAAUGUGGGUAUGUGUGUGUGAGAG